CAACCAUUCCCCGCCCCGUUCCAGCCGUGCUUCACAGCCAUUGGCUGACUCGCGUGAUCUGGGUCAGGUAUUGGUCAACCGGGACGCCUCUCGGGAAGAGUUCCCACCCUCCCGUGUAGGUUGAUCCACAGUCAUUCACCUGGCUGUUAAGGCUGACAGGAUUUCGUGGCUGUCUCCAUCCCCAAGGCUACGUGGACGCCCUUCCCAGGAGCACAUACCCAGUGUCCUCUGGGGACUAGUGGAGCCAACUUGAGGACUCACUGACCAUGACCUCUAUAAAGGAGCAGGCAGCAAUUAGCCGCCUCUUGAGUUUUCUACAAGACUGGGACAAUGCUGGCAAAGUCGCAAGGAGUCACAUCCUUGACAAUUUCAUCAAGACCAACCAAGGCAAGACCUCUCCUGAACUGGAGCAGGAGUUUUCCCAGGGAGCCAGCUUGUUCCUGGUUCGCCUGACGACCUGGCUGAGACUCAUCUAUAUGACUGGCUCCUGUUUAGAUAAGCUUCUACAGUCUAUUGGCAUCUUCUUGUCAGCUGUGAGCAGUAAUCGGUACCUUAUAGAAUUUCUUGAAGUUGGAGGCGUCCUAACACUCUUGGAAAUACUUGGGCUGGAGGAGAUCAAGGAGGAGGACAAGAAGGAAUCCAUCAAGCUACUUCAGGUUAUUGCAAACUAUGGCAGGAAGUACAAGGAGCUCAUCUGUGAAAGCUAUGGCGUGAGAUCCAUAGCAGAAUUCUUGGCAAAGUCGAAAUCCGAAGAGACCCAGGAAGAAGUGCAGGUUCUGUUGGAUUCUUUGGUCCACGGAAAUCCCAAGUACCAGAACCAAGUAUACAAAGGUCUGAUAGCUUUGCUGCCCUGUGCGUCACCUAAAGCUCAGCAGCUGUCCCUGCAGACUCUCAGAACUGCGCAGUCAAUCAUUGGAACCACCCACCCCAGCAUCGUGGAGUGCGUCCUGAAGGUGCUGCGCACGAUGCACCUGGAAGUCCAGUAUGAAGUGGGCUUUGAACAGGCUGUGAUGAAAGAGCAACUCGCCAAAUGUAUUCUCACUCCUGCCCGCUGGAAAAGGAGGCAAACCUGUGCGUGGACGCUCCCUGAAGCACACUUCUCACACGUGGCCAGCAGGUGGCAGUCGCGUGGAAGUGAAGACCCAGAACUGGGACUCGGGUUUCCCAAGGCUCUAGGAGCAAAAAAAUUACCCCAGAUCCAGCAGGACUGUGGUGUUGCCUCCCCAGCUUCUCCCACACACACCUUGCACGGUAAAAAGGUGCUAGGAAAAGUGCAGGAAGGGGAUGGGGGUAAAAGGAAGCGACUUGGUUCAAGGGGGUCUUUGCUUGCUUGGUGGGGACGGGGGCGGUUGGAGCAUCAGGCCUCCCCAGGGCCUCUGCCCUUCAACAGCCAUCGAGCUGAUCAGGACCUGGUCAACUACGACGUGUGCCAGGCGCUGCUCAAGGGCCUGGUGGAGCUGCUGAUACCGUCCGUCAGGGAGACCAGAAAACUGCAGCCCAAAAUCCCUUCAGACUCCUUGGUUCCCCAGCUCACCGCCCACCUGCCGGUGUUCUUGCAGCAGGCCGCGGCGGCCAAAGCCAUCGGGGUCCUGGCGCGCAGCAACACAAGCAUCGCGGAGGAGAUGCUGCACCUGCGCGUGGUGCACAGCCUGUUGGCCGCCAUGGGCAACUCAGACCACUGCAACAGCCAGCGGCAGGCCAGCCUCACGCUGGAGUACUUCGUGCAGAUGUUCCCGGUGGUGGAGGAGAAUGUCCGCCGGUCCAUGGGAGAGGAGCUCUACCAGCUCUUCCUCAGCAAUGCCGAGGACUUGUACAUGAAAAUAGAUAGCAUUCAGGCGGACAUCUUGGCGGCCAACAAAGUCAAUGUUUCCAAAGUAUUACACCAAAGUGGCGUCCCCCGCAGCAACACGACCUUUUAUCUUGAAGCUCAUGACAAGGAUCAGCUGGAUUACAUCUCAUUCUUCCAGAAGGAGGAUAUGGAGGGAAAGGAGUAACGGAGCCUCUGAGGCAAUCCAGAAAGGUCCAGGCGGUGUUUCAGGAAGCCUGGGAGAAGGAUCCUGGGGUCACGCUCACGGUGACCCCACUGGCCCUAGGUGGGAGGCUGA